CAGUUUACCCUACAGGGUGUGUCGCCAUGCGUGUUGCUGUGGUGUCUGGAGCAGCGCUACGAUCUCUUGCUGUUCUCGGUGCACGCCAAGGCCGGGGACGGGCAACUGUUGCCUUCCUUGCAGGGGCAGGACGACAGCAGCGGUCGUGGACGACUUCCGCCCUCGUAGCGACUCCCGGAGGUGGCGCUAGCAGUUCAUCGACCUUUGGCCGCAAGGCCGCCAGCUGUGGCGCUGCCUCUCAAGCGACACGCGGGGGAGCCGUGUCGUCCAAGCAACGGGCAAUGGCGUCGAUGUUGGCUUCUUCUUCCACGCCCGAAGAGCCCAACGAAGCCGCCGCCGGCGUGUGCGCUGAAGUCAUCACAGUGAUAGCCGCUGCGCAGGCUAGAGGAGUGGAGAUCAGCACCCUUCUCUGUACUCACAAACACUGGGACCAUUCGGGCGGCAACGAAGCCAUGAAGAAAAUGAUCCCAGGCUUGGAGGUCGUGAGCUCGGCUUACGAAGAAGGCGUUCCCGCGAUGACGCUUGCCUUGAAAGACCGCGAAGAGUACGCCCUCGGCUCACUGACGGUGAGGGCGUUGCACACCCCUUGCCACACGCGAGGACACGUGCUGUUCUUCGUCACGAGCCCGGCGGCGGCGGCGGCGGCGGGGGCGGGGGCGGGGGAAGGGGGAGAUGGGGCGGCUGCGCCGCUGGUGUUCUCGGGAGACACCCUCUUCGUGGGUGGCUGCGGACGUUUCUUCGAGGGGGAUGCCUCGCAAAUGUCCAACGCACUCCAAGGCGUCGCGGCAUCGCUUCCGGGCGCGACCCGAGUCUUCUGCGGCCACGAGUACACCGUGAGUAACCUGCAGUUCGCCAAGUCGGUGGAGCCGGAGAACUCUGCGGUGUUGGACAAGCUGGAUUGGUCGAGGAGGGUCUUGGCGAAAGGGGGCUACACAGUGCCGUCAACGAUAUCUCAAGAGCUGAAGCACAACCCUUUCAUGCGCGUCGAUGAGACGGCCGUGCGAGAGGCCACGGGGAGCGGGGAUAGCGUAACCGCCAUGAAACGGUUGCGAGAGAUGAAGAACAGUUUCCGACCGCCACCUGAAAAUCCGGGACGAUUCCCCGCACUGUGACGACCACGCCAGCGACGUAUGCUACGGGGGACGAUGCGCAACGUUCCUACCUUUCGCGAUGUCGGGCUCGACCAUGCUGUAGCGGCUGCCAGGUUGUGGGUGGAUUGGGGGAGUUUGCUUAUUAAGGGGAGUCGUCUCCGUUGAUGACCGUACGACAUUUGACCAGUACUGGUACUGGGCCCCAGUCGGUUUUCUGGCAGUUCCCGACAAUUCCAGGAGGAGCAGACGUUACGUUAUUUCGGUGAUAACGUGUUUAAUUUUUAGGACUACUGUACUGUACCCUCCCAACGAAAUCCCCUUCGUAAUUAUCGUCGAGGGAAGAUUUUUUGUUUUUUCAAGAAGUAGUCUCUAGACCCGUAGAUACAUGUCCAGGAUGAAUUCGCAGUGGACUGAAAUCGCUCACGAACUUCCGAUACCUGGCCUGUAGACAGCAGGAAUUAGAAAUUUAUAGUGUAGUAGCCAAUCACAUCCUGUGUUCGUGCAUCUCGAAGCACUUUCUCUUGCAGGCGGCGGGUGCCUGUCGUUCUGAUGUGGAGCUGUCAGUACCUACUCCAGUGCUCCAGGAGGAGUCGUCGCGUUCAAGUCACCGUACGCCAACAACAACAACCCAGAAGCACUGCCGCUGUGUGUGGUGUUCGGCAGUGCCAAUAUUGGUUGUUCGUAGUGUAAGUCUAGGGGAAAUAUAUAUGCGAAUUCUGUUUUUUCGAUUUUCGAGCCCAAUCUGCACACACACAAGAAACAGCAGUGGCCGAUAAUGCAGGCCCUGGGUGGUUCAGUCGGUCAGUCACCUCGCAUCCUUCUGACUUGGACGUGUUUUCGAAUUUCGGUGCGGUCACACGAACUGGGAUUGGUUGUGAUUGUGAGAACAAUACUGCAACAUUCUCAAAC